AUGUCGGAUAAACUUAACAAAUAACUCUUAAAAAUCUUUUGAAAACAUGACCACGGACGCGUCCGAAUCGUUACGACAACAGUUCCAGCUAAUACAGGAACAACAACAGAAAAAACUUCUCGCCAGAAAACAGCGAAAGACCAAGAAUUCUGACAAGACAUCAAGGGACGAUGAAGAAGCUACAACGGUUGAAAGCUUUUGGGGACAUGACGGCACAAGCGAUCAUUUAGACUUAAAACUUGAUUCUAAGGUGCUUUUUGGGGAAGAGGCACCCGUGCACAGGGAACUUGAGGACUUGAAGGAUACUAUAAGGGUUCUUAAAGAUGAAAAUGGAAGACUCUACAAGCUUCUUGGUGAGAGAGAUGAAGAAAUGAGGAUUCUGAGAAAAGCACGAGCUGAAGAGAAAAAGGCUUUGGCUGGUACAGGGGUGGCAGCUGACACUGCUGCUGGUAGAAUCAUGGAACUGUCAAAGAAGAACAGAGAACUGAUGGCUGAUUUGGAAAGUGAACGUAACAAAGUACUGCAACUGAUGAAGAAGAUGAGAGAGAUGGAAAGAGAAAUGGUAUCCUCAGGAAUUUUGCAGAGUAACUCAAAACAGCCUGGCGAAGAGCAAAAGAGUAAAUCAAAGUCAUCAGAUUCAGAAAAGGAUAGCUCUGAAGUUGCUUCUCUGCAGGACAAAUUGAGCCAAGCAAACAAUAAAGUGGCAGAAUUUAGGAACCAAUGUGACAAACUCAAAAAAGAUUUAAAGGUUGCACAUAAGGUCCUUGCAAAGGAGGUUGGGGAUGGUUUCAACAUCGCUACACUGUUGAAUGACUCCAGUGGUUGGAGAGGACGACAACAGCAGAUCACUUCUUUACAAAAUAAGGUUACAGAGUUGAAGGGACAGUUGAAUCAGGUUGCUCGUGGUGGCUCAGUUACAUCAAACAACAUCUUUCUUAGAUCAGCCAUGAUGUCACCCUCCAGUGCUCCGUCCCAAUAUGACGAGAAACACCGCUCUGUGUUGAAAAAGAUCGAGAAAGAUCGUAAGGAGGCACAAGAGAAAACUCAAGCAGAGCUAGAGAGUUUGGACCAAGAGCACACCAAGUUACAACAAAAACACGACGCCGCCAAAGCGCGCAAUAAGGUGCUAGCUAGUGAACUGAAGGGAUUGAAGGCUCAAGUGCAAACCCUACUGGAGAAAGGAGCUCACGAUGAUGAACUUAUUGCUGCUCUUAUGAGGGAGCAGCAACAGCUGAAAAGUGCAGCAACUAAAAAGGACACUUCCUCAUCGCCUAAACCAGUGAACAAUUCAGAAGACAAGGCACAAAUAGAGCACCUUAAAUUGGCCUGCCAAGAGCGAGACGGACGGAUACAGCGGAUUGAAGAAGAACUCAGUAACGCGAGAGUAGCACUGCAAAACACUAACGAAAGAUAUAAGGAGCUUAGCGCGCGUGAGACAAAAUCUGUAGCGUGUGGUACGGAGGACUUACCGACAAAUGAAGAAAGGCUGAAUAAUAAUACUGCCCCUCAAGAGGAGCAGGUCUUAAAAGGACCAUUACUGGUAAACGGCUUUGUGGAGGGAGGACCCCAUGCGGAGAGGGCCGAACACGUAGGACUUCAAAAUAACAGUUACAUGUCGCAUAACAGACAAGGAAAUCCAUCACAGCAUCAUCCCGAAGGACCUGGAAGGACCCAGGGUUACUCUGUUCCCGGUAGUCCGGUUAGACGACACGUGAUGUCACGAGGAAGAAUAAACGGCACGCCGGGAAGGAAUUCAGCGCAUGGAAACCAGCUGCCGCCCACACCACCAAGUGGUGGACGUGGAAGCAGGGGACGCCGGAACAGUGUUGGAGGCAGUGACGAGAUCCAAUUAUUAAAAUCUCAAGUACAUGAGAACAAGUCCUUGUGUCAGGCGGCUGAAGUUGAGCGAGAUCGUCUCCUAGAACUGGUUACCCUCCUGCAGAAAAGAGUCGAUGACGCUAAUAACAGUGAGUUGGAGGCAAUCAACAAAUGGCAACAAGAACGACGUCAAGUCGUUCACGUGGAGAAGCAGCUGAGUAGAGUCCAGUCGGGACAGGGCGUGGCUAAAGGGCGAGGCAAAGGAUAUGGGUCUGUGGGCACAGGACAGGAACGACAAGGAAAGCCUGAAGACUUGGACGAGCUUGCAACUAGGCUGGCCAUCCAGACAGACGAAAACGACGCGCUUAAAGAAGCACUCAGUUCCACGCUGAAAGCCAAAGAAGAGGACUUAAAAUUUUACCAAGAGAUGAUCGAUCAGACCAAGAAGAUUUUCUUGCAGGGCCUGAGACAAUUUAGACAGAAUUCCGCCCCCAGCUAGUGUAUGCCAUUUGGAAUUUGGACUUCAUGCUGUAAGCCAUAUGAUAUCAAUAUGUACAAGAUCAAGCCUUCAAUCGAUUUUGUCUGUUUUGUCACGUUUUGCUCCCUGUGAAAAAAAAAAAAAAGAGAGAGAGAGAAAAAAUAUUUGUGAGAGACACUUGAAGACUUCCUAACCGUGCUUGCCUGUUCACAGUUGGUUUAAGUGUUUCGGUUCUUACUCGAGCGGCUUAAGCGAUAAUCGUAGACGGUAUUCUUGUAAACAGCCAGCAAAUUGGACGGUUUGCUAUCGCCUUUCACGUAGUCUCCUGCGAACAGCAUCGUAAACGCACUAAUUGAAUGUCGAUGAUACAAACUCCUCUUUCUAACACCUGGCCGCAUUCUCCUUUGUUUGUAGCGAACACUUUUAUCCCGCAACGCUGCUAAUUACGUACCUUCAAUUUAUCAGUUGAACCCUUCAACAUUGUU